AUGACUGUGAAAUCAAGCUUGCCCGAGUGGAAUAGCCCUAGCGAUGCCUUUGAUAGCCUUUUCCAAUUUGCCACAUGCAUCGACUCACCCCAUUAUUUUGAAUUCUUGAGCCGUAACCCAUACUACCAGCAAGCUUUCAACACCACCAUGGGAAUGUCAUUUCGUCGCCGCGGCAAAGGCUGGUUCGAUAUUUUCCCGGUCGCGGAUCGAUUGCGCGUACCCAGUGACGUUGAUCCACUGCUUGUGGAUAUUGGCGGCAGCCAAGGCGGGAACCUUUUGAAAUUCAAAGCUCAGUUCCCCACCCUAAAGGGAAGCUCAUCCUGCAAGAUCUGCCCACAGUGUCAUGAUUUCUUCCAGGGACAGCCAGUGAAGAAUGCCAAGACCUAUUUUAUGCGAACUGGUCUCCACGACUGGCCUGAUAAACUGGCAGCCCAGAUUCUAGGCCGUGUGCGCGAUUCGAUGGGUCCUGGCUCGGUAUUACUGGUCCACGAGAUCAUGCUACCCGAGUCCGGGGUGCUGUUGUCGUCUGUUCUGUCUGAUAUGUAG